CUCCAUCUUGCCUCUUUCUUUCGGUCUUUCCCGUGCGCGUGCACACAUUCACACGCACAUCCCUUCUCUCCACGCACACCCUCGGCCAUGGUCUCCAAGUCCGAGCCCCUCCCUCCCGGGGUGUCCAUCAACCAUGAGCUGCGCACUCUGAACGACAGCAUCCACAACGACUACGCCCUGGAAGAGUACUUCUUCCAGAUCGUGGACACGCCGCACUUCCAGCGGCUGCGGGGCCUGAAGCAGCUGGGCAUCACGUCGUACGUGUUCCCGAGCGCGGCGCACACGCGCUUCGAGCAUUCGCUCGGGGUGGGCCAUCUGACCCGGACGCUGGUGGAUCGGCUGUGGGCCACGCAGCCGGGGGCCUUCGCCGGGCUGGACUUCCUGGCAGUACGCACCAGCCUGAUCAUCGCCGGGCUGUGCCAUGAUCUGGGGCACGGGCCCUUUAGCCACCUGUUUGAUGGGAACUUCAUGCUCCGGGCUGUCGACGCGCCGAAGGGCGACCACUGGACGCAUGAGAAAGGGUCGGUGGACAUGCUCGACGAUCUGCUGCGGUACCUGGGUCUUCAGGAGGAUGCCGAUGGCUUGAUGUGGCUCAAGUCCAAGCAGAAUGGCGACAUCCCCUUCAGCCCGGGCCUGGUGAAGGCCGUCAUCGACAGUGGGAAGGGCCUGCGCGCUCAGGCCGACGUGCCGGCCAGCCUGAAGCGGUAUGCCUCGCCGGAAGUGCGCUUCCUCUUCCAGAUCGUGGCCAAUGACGACACCGGCAUCGAUGUGGACCGGUUUGAUUACUUCCGCCGGGACACCUACAAUGCCGGGGCCCAGACCGCGUACAACCCCAUGCGCCUGGUGAACAGCGCGCGCAUUGUCGAGGGGCAGAUCGCCUUCCCGGAGAAGGAGUUCCCCAACCUGCGGCUGAUGUUCCAGACGCGCUUCAACCUGUUCAAGCAUGUGUACACGCAUCGCGUCUCCGAGGCCAUCAACCUGAUGGUGGUGGAUGCGCUACUGAAGGCCGACGGGGCCCUGCGCAUUUCAAGCAUGGUCCACAACCCGGCCAUGUAUGUGCACUUGACCGACGGCAUCCUGGACCAGAUUGCCGCGUCGGCGGCCCACGGCUGGCGGUGCAUGUGUGGCGACCCGGAGCCGUGCGACAAGAACAGCGAGUCCGAGCACUUCAAGAGCAUGGCCCAGGCCCGGGGCCUGGUGGAGCGCAUCCGCAAGCGCGACCUCUAUCAGUUGGCCUUCGAGAAGGUGUUCUACAACAGGACCCUGUACCGGGAUCUGACCCGCGCGGCCAAGGAGGAUGGGCUCAAGAACCAGAUCCUUGAGAAGGACAGCACCGAGAAGCUCCGGAGGGACGAUUUCCAUGUGGAUUUGGCAUCCAUCCACCACGGUGACAAGGAGAACGACCCGAUGGUCAAGGUGCUCUUCUUCUCCAAGGACAAGCCGGACAAGCUGCUGCUGCUGCCCCGCGACACGCCGCUGCCCGACCUGGACGGCCCCUUUAUCGAGUAUCGCCUGCGCGUGUACGCCCGAAACCGGGAACACACCAAGGACAUCCAUGCGGCGGCCAAGGCGUGGCUCAAAUCCCUGACGCCCGGAAAUUGAAGGACCCCCACACAUGUUGCCGCGGGCGGGGGGCGGGUGCCAUCGCGUAGAGCGAGCCCCCCCUCCCCCCCCUGGUGGCCGUCUCCUGAUGGCGUCAACCAAGCGGCCAUGGGCGCCGGGAGCGCUGGUGCCGCGCCGUGGCUGGGACGCCAGAAAUACAAAUGUGCCGCGCCUGCCGCC